AAUAAAGUACAUUUGAAAACCUCAAAAAAAAAAAAAAAAAAGACUGUAUUGCAGAAAUACCAUACCAUCAAUGGUCGCAAUGCAGAAGUAAGAAAGGCUUUGUCUAGACAAGAAAUGCAGGAAGUCCAAAGUUCUAGAAGUGGAAGAGGAGGCCACUUUGGUUUUGGAGAUUCUCGCGGUGCUGGUGGCAAUUUUGGACCAGGAAGUAACUUAAGAGGAGGACCUGAUGGAUAUGGAAGUGGUCCUGGAUUUAGGGAUGGGUAUCCUGGGUAUGGAGGAAGACCUGGAGGUGGCAAUUUUGGAGGUGGCCCAGGUUAUGGAGGAGGAGGAGGAGAGUAUGGUGGUAGAGGUUCUGGAUCUGGCAACCAGGGUGGGAGCUCCUGGGGUGGGUGUGGUAUCUAUGGAGGAAGAAAUUGUGGAAGUGGAAAUGGCAAUGAUUUUGGAAAUUAUAACCAGCAACCUUCUAACUACGGUCCAAUGAAGAGUGGAAACUUUGGUGGUAGCAGGAACAUGGGGGGACCAUAUGGUGGAAGAAACUAUGGUCCAGGAAGCAGUGAAGGAAGUGGGGGUUAUGGAGGGAGAAGCCGAUAUUGAUCUUCUUCCUAUUUACCGUGGGCUUCACUGUAUAAAUACAAGAGGAUGAGAGCCCAGAGGUAACAGAACAGCUUCAGGUGACUGAAAUAACAAUGUUAAGGAAACUCUUAUCUCAGUCAUGCAUAAGUAUGCAGUAAUAUGGCAGAAGACACCAGAGCAGAUGCAGAGAGCCAUUUUGUGAAUGGAUUGGAUUAUUUAAUAACAUUACUGUGGAGGAAGGAUUGUAAAAAAAAAAAAAA